AUGAUCUAUAAUGUUAAUCAGAGGCGAUAUACCAUACCAGUUCAUGACCCUCCAACUCGUCAGGCACAUAUUCAGAUAAGCAUAUUGCAUAUCAUUACAUUCGACCAAUUUCAAAUGUUACGUGCACCCUUCCUUGAUCCUUCUAAAAAUCAAAAAAAAGAAAGAUACUACAUGCAUUAUAUAUCUAUUCUUCAAUUUACGGGUGGGUGCAUCUUUGAAUCAACACUUGUAGCAUUUCUAAAUACCAUGGAAGUCGCUGGCAUAGUGGAUUUAAACAUUCAUUACUGCGAGUUCAUGGAGCGGAAACAACCAAUACAGACUUCACAUCGAACACAAUCGUUUACACAUACGUCCGAUCAGCCUCUAUACAGUUUUAAGGACAAAGACACUGAUUUAAAAAUCUAUGUGCUUCGCAUCAUUGACGUUUCAUUGUUUAUUCAGGCUCAUAUUUGCAUUGAAGCUUUACAAACGUUCUUAAUAUGGGAUAGAAGAAAGAAAAAUCGAGACAUAAAGCAGCCAACAUGGGCAGAUACGACAUCUGAUCCUAUAACAACAAAUCGAUUUUUCCAGCCAAAUAUAGAAAAGAAAUCAGCCGUCGGCGUAAUGCAAAAGGUUAUCCUGUGGUUGCACGAUAGUCUUAUUGACCGUGUUCCCAAAAUGUCCUUCAUAAAUGAGAUGUAG